AUGCCAGGUCUAGGUAAGACAACUUUGGCUAAAUUAAUCUAUCAUGAAUCUGACAUUGAUAGACACUUCCAUGAAAAAAUAUGGGUGUGUGUAUCCACCCCUUUCGAAGUCAAGACGAUUUUAAGGGGAAUUGUGGAAUCUCUAGAACUAGAGAAAGCCACAAUUCAUAGCAAGGAUGCAAUUUGUAAAUGCAUUCGAGAAAACCUGGAAAAGAAAAGAUACCUUUUAGUGCUCGAUGAUGUUUGGAGCGAAGAUCCUGAGAAAUGGAAAGAGCUGAGAAGUUGUUUGUUAACUGUUAAAGAUACUCAAGGAAGCAGCAUCAUUGUCACUACCCGUAGUGACAAAGUUGCAAAAGUCAUGGAGACCCUUCCUAGGUGUGAUUUAAGAAAACUAUCAGAUGUGGAAUGUUGGCUCAUAAUGAAGGAUAAAGCAGUUUCAGUUGGGAGUGCUCCUCUGUCCAAAGAGCAGGAGACAACUGGUAAAGAGAUUGCUAAGAAGUGCGGAGGUGUACCAUUAAUGGCAAAGAGUGUUGGGCUUCUCAGCCGUGCGGCGGAGUAUUGGUUCCGAAACGGUGGCGUUUGGGAAGGAGUUCCGUAUGGUUUGAUAUCGGGGUUUGUGCUAUACAUAACGAAUGAUGAAGAUGGAAGGCUGGUUGUCAAUGGGGUUCGAUCGGAGAGAGUUGAUCUGCGGAGGAAGGGGAGUCUUGUGCAUGUUAUGGAUGGGGUUCUGAUGGAUGCCGAGUUCCAGCAAUCGGUUCAGUAUGAUGGUGAAGAAGAUUGA